UUAAAUAUUUUUAUUCCUUUUUACGUGAAAAUUCUUUCAUUCAGUCGAUUUCCUUGCCACUGAAACUGAACGCAACAGCUGAAAGUGACAUGACAGUUCGAUAAUUUGUGCAAAAUGUCAUCCAAAGACGUAGGUUAUGUUGUCUUUAUUUAUUAAAAAAUGAAAUUAUUAACUUAAGUAGUCCAUUAUAGUGGUUAAUAUCCAAUCAUGACAACUUCUCCAACAAAAUCCAAACCGAAGCUGUCACUGAGGAAGCGCUUGUUUGUGAAAAAGUCCCCGAAAGUUGGCUGCUAUGUCGAUACGGAUUCUAAUGACGAAUUGAACCAAUCAGGGUCCCGGCCGAUCUCCCCAGCUGAUCCGUUCAUAGCGCACAGCGCGUACCAGACGGACGGCCACCUGGACCACUCUGAUCAUCAGAAGAAUGAUUCGAGAGAAUCUCCGCGCUGCAGUCCGGGAGACGGGCAGAAUGACCACAAACACGGAGAUAAUCACAACCACAGAUGCUGCCGAACCUUCUUCCGAAGGUCUCGACCUAAAAGCCUGGUAGAGUACCAUUCCUCAAAGGAGGGCUCAAAGCCUGGAAGCCCCGUGGACCACUCCAUCCUCAGUGACAGCUCCAACACACACACCAGAUCCGAAGAAAUACCCAAAGUUACUGUGAAAUUCCCUCAAAGUGAGGAAACAAAGAGGUACUUUGAGCAUUUGAGUAAUUCAUUUGAAACAUCCAAGGCCAAAGGAAAAUUGUUUGUUAAGAGGUUGUCAGCUGAUCACAUCAUUGCAUCUGAGAGUAAACCUCUCUAUCGGUCAACAUCUCCUGAGAGUGAUAGAAGCAGCUCGCUGGACAGGAAACGAAGGGCUCGGUCCACCAUCACCCACCCAGCGUCCCGCGCUGGCAGCACCGACAGCCUGGUCCGGAACUCAUUACUUGCCGCACAGGUCUUGCGACUCAUACCCACUAAAGAGGCUCGGGAAAGGAACUUCUUGCAUGGAAGAUUGGCAUCUCACUCUCUUUUGGGGGCAGCUGAAUUAGAACAUGUGUUUCCAGACAGAGAGGUCACUAUAUUUGUCGGCACAUGGAAUAUGAAUGGACAAGCACCACCACAGGACCUAGCCGACUUCAUUUUCCCCAAGGAAGUGGAGCACGUGCCGGACAUCUUCGCGAUCGGCACCCAGGAGUCGUUCUCUGAACGCACCGAGUGGGAGAUCACCAUACAGGAGGUGCUGGGGCCCACGCACCUGUUGAUACACUCUCACUAUCUAGGAACCCUUCACCUAACCAUUUUCAUUCGGCGAGACCUCAUUUGGUACUGUUCUUUGCCUGAAGACGCCAAUCUGUCAGUCCGGCCAGGAACGGCUUUUAGGACGAAAGGAGCUGUUGCCAUCUCUUUCGCACUAUUCGGUUCAACAUUUUUAUUCGUCACUGCGCAUUUGACAGCGCACCAGGAGAAAGUUAAAGAAAGAGUUUCAGAUAUAAAGAGGAUUAUCAGAUCUAUAGAUUUGCCGAAGAAUCUGCCGUGUAGGCAUAAAAGCAAAGAUGUGACAAAUAAUUUCGACUAUGUAUUCUGGUGCGGUGACUUGAACUUUCGCCUUGGGGAGCCCCGGGCGGCGCUCUUGAGAUGGAUCGAGGAAACUGAGUUUCCGUUGCCACAUCACCUACCCCACGGUCUGCUGCACGCGGACCAGCUCACAGCCGUGCUGGAGGACGGCGCCGCCUUCCGGGACUUCCGCGAGGCGCCCAUCACCUUCCCGCCCACUUACAAGUACGACCCGGGCACGCAAGUGUUCGACACGUCGAGCAAGCAGCGCGCGCCCGCCUACACCGACCGCAUCCUGUACAAGGCCAGGACCAUGACCAGAGACUCCACCUCCGCCUUCUCAGGUUUCCGUCGCGUGAGUUCGCAGCCAGCGUCGUGCGGGCUCAAGAACCUGGCGUACAACUCGGUGCAGUCCAUCGUGACGAGCGACCACAAGCCCGUGUGGAGCCUGUUCUCCGCCUCGCUGCGUCCCGGCACCGACAUAGUACCGUUAGCGGCCGGCCUCUUCAACAGGGAGGUGUAUCUCGAAGGCAUCAAGCGACGCCGCGCGCUGCUGGACCACGCGCCAGGUACCUCCGCCAUAUGCACCGUACAAUAACUAAUGUCCGAUUUUAUCAACGUCCCUAAACUGACCCGCACCUCCCCGGAGAAAACCCCUACAGCGAGUUGGUACUGUUGAUAAAAUCGACCCCUAAACCCCGCGGGAAUAAAACCACUAUUGAUUAUUUUUUACGGUAAAGUUGGUACUGAAAGUAGUGAUUUUAGACUCGCGGUUUUUCAUAUGACUUUUUAAUAACUGAAUUUAAAGGUUUGAUGGUAAUUUUAAUGGACUACAAAGGUAUACGCAUGUGCAAUUUGCGGUGCAGUGUUAGGACCAACGUUUUAACUUUCACCAUGAUUCGAUUUGACCAAAAAUUUUUUGUUGGACGGCACAAGUAUGCACACAUACUAUUUUUUUCUCUAGUUUACCAAAUUUUUAUUUUACUUUAUGGAUAUACAUAUUUAUUUCUAUAUGUUAGCUUUAAUUUUUUUUAAUCCAAAGAAUAUUGACAGUAUUUUAUUUACCUAUGUUGUUAGAUUAUAUUAUGUUCUCUUCUUUUGUUAGUUGUAAAUUGUGUUGUUAUUUCAUGAUUAUUAUUUCACGGUUAUUAGUAAGUGACCUUUCUUUCGUAUC